AAUGUUCUACGAGGAGGCAUAUCUGAAAGAUAUUGCAUCUCAACUCAGUAGAAAAGAGGCUGUAAAAUUGGCGAAAAUACUUGGGAUUCAAGAUGAGGAAGUCUAUCAAAUUGAUGUCAGUCGGAGGAUGUACGCCUUAAGACAAUGGGAUUAUGGAAAUGUUGGUCAUCUAAGUGUUGAAGACAAGUACGAAAUAUUGUCAGAAGGAUUAAGUGGCGUUGGUUUUGAGGGAGCUCGGUAUUUUUCAAAAGCUAACUAUCCUGAUAGUAACAGAACAGAAGGUGAUUUAUUAAUUGAUUUACAACUAUUGGCUAAUGAACAAAUACCCAACAAUCAAUUUCAAUCGUUAUGUAACAGUCUUGGAGUGGAACAUCAUAUUGAAAUGAAGAAUAACCUAUCGGAGAUUAAUCAGCGCUUCCUUUUAAGAUGGUGGUUUGGAAAGAAUGCAUAUGCAAACACGUGCGAACGUUGGAGAAGGGAAACAAGCAUUUACAAAAUAGGGUUGGAUUGUAAAGAGGUGGUGGAAAAGUAUAAAAUCUUGGUAAAAGCUCUAUACGAUGUCGGUAAGAGUAAUUUGGCGAAACGAGUUGAAGAGGAUAUAGAUAUAUUCUUGUCAGAGAAGGCAAGGGAUAGGGCCGAAAUGAAUGUCAUGUAUACUGGUUAG